UCCAAAUCCAUUGCCCUUCAAGCCCAUGACAAAUCAUCCCGAUUUGCCUCUACGUGCCGAUAUCCUCAUCAUUUCCUCCAACUAGGUUUAUUACAUUAUCGCGCAAUCAAUCUCCAGGGCUCCCUCUGAUAGAUAAAUACCUCGCCAGCCCUCUUCUUCUCCGCCCCGCUCUCACAAGCCAAGUAAACCCCAUCCAUGAACUUCUUCCGUUCAUUCUUCCACCGCGCACCCAGUCCCGGCACCAUGGCAGAGAUCUCCCAGAAGGUUCAGCAAAUCAUUGACGACAACGCUGUUGUCGUCUUUUCAAAGUCUUACUGCCCUUACUGCAGACAGACCAAGAAGACCCUGGACGACCUCAACACCGUCUAUGAGCUUCUCGAGCUUGACCAGAUCCCCGAUGGCUCUGACAUCCAGGAUGCCCUCGAGCAAAUCUCUGGACAGCGCACCGUCCCCAAUGUCUACAUCAAGCAGAAGCACAUUGGCGGCAACUCGGACGUCCAGAGCUUGAAGUCUGGCGGAAAGCUCCAGAACCUGCUCAAGGAGGCGGGUGCAGUGAAGGCGUAAGGACCAGCUGCUCCGGUUUGCCUGGACAUGGAGAGCUGAUGACCUUCAGUUCCAAGCUAUAGAUGCUUGUAGAUUAUAGAGACACGAUGGCUAGAUAGCACGGCCACUUGGUGUUGCGUGCACCUGCAAAAGCAGAUGAGUUGAAUUC